GGGAGAGCAGGGUGGCUCAGGCAGUCACUCAAGAGAGUGAGCGAGUUCUUUAAAGAUGGCCGGAACGGCGGCGGCGGCGAGCGCGACCCCUGUGUAUUGCGUGUGCCGGGAACCCUACGAUGUGAACCGCUUCAUGAUCGAGUGCGACAUAUGCAAGGACUGGUUCCAUGGCAGUUGUGUCAGAGUAGAGGAGCACCAUGCUGUUGAUAUUGAUCUUUACCACUGUCCCAAUUGUGCAGUUCUUCAUGGACCCUCCUUAAUGAAGAAGAGGAGGAACUGGCACAGACAUGACUAUACAGAACAUGAUGAUGGUUCAAAGCCAGUUCAAGCUGGAACCCGAACAUUUGUUAAACAGCUACGUGCGUGUUCAUUCCCAAGUGCUGAUGAAAUAAUUUUGAAAAUGCAUGGAAGCCAAUUGACGCAAAGAUACCUGGAAAAGCAUGGUUUUGAUGUUCCCAUUAUGGUACCUAAAUUAGAUGGCUUAGGUCUCAGACUCCCACCUUCUACAUUUUCUGUUCUAGAUGUGGAACAUUAUGUAGGUGGUGAUAAAGUGAUUGAUGUUAUUGAUGUGGCAAGACAAGCAGAUAGCAAAAUGAAGCUCCAUAAUUACAUUAAGUAUUUUACAAACCCUGAGAGACCAAAAGUAUUAAAUGUGAUAAGCCUUGAAUUCUCAGACACAAAGAUGUCCGAGUUAGUGGAAGUUCCUGAAAUUGCCAGAAAACUUUCAUGGGUUGAAAAUUACUGGCCAGAUGACUCGGUCUUCCCUAAGCCUUUUGUUCAGAAGUACUGCUUAAUGGGAGUUCAAGAUAGCUACACAGAUUUUCAUAUUGAUUUUGGGGGCACUUCUGUUUGGUAUCAUGUUCUUUGGGGUGAAAAGAUCUUCUACUUGAUCAAACCUACUAAUGAUAAUCUGGCAAUUUAUGAAUCCUGGAGUUCAUCUGUUACCCAGAGUGAAGUGUAUUUUGGCGAUAAAGUUGACAAAUGUUAUAAAUGUGUUGUAAAGCAAGGACAUACCUUAUUUGUUCCAACAGGAUGGAUUCAUGCUGUACUCACUUCUCAGGACUGUAUGGCUUUUGGAGGAAACUUCUUGCACAACCUCAAUAUUGGCAUGCAGCUCAGGUGUUAUGAAAUGGAGAAAAGACUAAAAACUCCAGAUCUUUUCAAAUUCCCUUUCUUUGAAGCCAUCUGUUGGUUUGUGGCCAAAAACUUAAUGGAAACUUUGAAAGAGCUGAAAGAAGAUGGUUUUCAGCCCCAAACAUUCUUAAUACAAGGAGUGAAAGCUUUACUUACUGCUUUAAAACUAUGGAUGAAAAAAGAUCUUGUAACAGAACAUGCCUUUGAAAUUCCAGACAAUAUUAGGCCUGGACAGCUAAUUAAGCAACUUUCUAAAGUAAUUCGCUCUGUAGAGGAAGAGAACAACAAACCAACAAAAACUCAGGGAACUGGUGUGUGUCAAGUUUCACGGUCAUCAAGUGAGUUGGCCUCCAUUCAUCAUUCCAGAAGAAAAGCAAGGAAGCUACGAGAUCAGUCUAUCAAGACACCUUCUAAUCUGGACAUUCUGGAGCUCCACACAAGGGCAGUUCUUAAGAGAUUAGAAAUGUCCCCAUGGGAAGAGGACACAGCAAAUUAUAAAUUGAAUGGGAGGUUUAACAAGCCACUUCAACCAUCUUCCACUGUUCCAGAAUGGAGAACAAAAGACAAUGAUUUACGGCUUUUGUUGUCAAAUGGAAGAAUAAUUAGAGAUGAACGGCGGCCCUUCAGAGAUCCAAGUCUAUACACAGCAGACAGUGAAGAUGAGGAUGAGAAGAAAAGAACUAUUAUGACAGAAGAGCCGAAGUCCCAGGAGGCAGAUGGCCAUGCGGAUACACAGAAACCACUGAACAUGUUUUUUGAAAGUGUGAAAUCAGAACUCAGGAAUGGCAGCUCAGAAUAUUCUGAUAUUUCUGAUUCAGAAGAAUCUGAACCUGAUUGCACUAACCAGCAAAAGGAUUCCUCAUUAGAGGAAUCAGAAAGCUCAGGAGAUGAUGAAAAACAAGAAGUAACUUCAAAUUUUAAAGAGGAAAAUAAAGUAACAAAGGACCUGUUUCAAAUCACAGAGAAGCCAUCUAGAAAUGAAAAUGCAAAUAAAACGGAAUGUCCUACCUCGACAAGUAUGGAGGAAGAAGCUAUUCAGGGCAUGCUGUCAAUGGCAGGAUUGCACUAUACCACUUGUUUACCAAGUUAUACUCGGAGCACAGACUGCACUGACCGAAGAAGUUUUGUUCCAGAUCACAGAAGCUAUUCCAAAAAUAGACAUAAAGAUAAAAUGUCUUCUCAGAGUUAUAAACCGGAAUAUGGCAAGCACAUAAAAGAUGAAAAAGAAAUGGGAGCUUCAGUAUUUCUUACACCAUUACAUGCAGUUUCUAAAAUCAGUCCUCAGGAGACAGGUAAAACUCAGAAACAUGUUAAGAAAGAAGUUGCAUCUGAAACCUGUUACAGAAUUCAAGAAAACAGGAACCAUGUGCAAAAUAAUGGAAUAAACUUUCAGCAUAGCAAAUGUAUGCAGGACUGCAACUUAAUUGAUGGGGAAUGCAGAUUAAGUGACAGCAGUCUCAGCUCCGAUCGACCAUUUGGUGAAGCAUCCACUGUACCUCUUCAUCCAACCAAGCGGCCAGCAUCAAAUCCACCCCCCAUCAGCAACCAGGCAACAAAAGGCAAGCGUCCAAAGAAAGGAAUGGCAACUGCCAAACAACGGCUUGGGAAAAUUCUAAAACUGAACCGAAAUGGCCAUGUACGAUACUUAGUUUGAUGUAGUGGCUGCUUCUGCUUUUCUUCAUUCAUAGACCAGUAUUGAGGGUAACAGCGCCUGGAGCUUCUGUUUUAUUCCUCUGCUUGAAGCAGAAUGCAUGCCUCUUAUUUGAACACUGCCUGAUGAACAAAAACCCAAUGCUGCAUUUUCACUGUGCCACAUCUGCUGAGCAAUAACUUUUGGGAAAUGAAAAUAU